AUGGAUUCCAGAGCCCCCUGUUCAGUGGACUGGUCCAAACUCCCAGAUGAGCUCUGGCACCGGAUCGGCCAGCAGCUCAAACCUUUCAUCGAACGGCUGCGAUUUCGCAGCGUCUCCUACUCCUGGCGCCAUUCCAUUCCCCGAUUCCACCCUUCCAUUCCUACAGAAUUCCCAUACCCGUUCUCCUUCCACUCCAAAGCCUCCCUCGCCCGAACCACUCUCUACCUCCUCCGAACCAACCCAUUUCCUUACGCCUCCACGUCAUCACCAUCCUCAUCAUCAUCUUCCCCAAAGGGCUGGCUCCUGAAACUAGAAGAGUGCAACCAGAACCUGCGCCUUCUUCACCCCAUCACCAACCGCCAAUUGAGGUGCGGGGAGGACUUUUACCCAGAGCACCUGAACUUUAUAAAUUAUAAGAUAGUGGAGCUGGGCCAAGCCUACGCUCUCAAAAACUCAGCUGGCUCUGCCUACGUUGAUCGCGUGAGCAAAGUCAUUGAACUUCCUCACUCUGAACCCUGCUCAAUUCUCGUCAUUCACCACAAAGGAAAACUGGGUUUUGCUCAGAAUGGGGACGAGCGUUUGAGAAGCAUCGGCAAUCGGUUUUCUAGUUACAGUGAUCUGAUUGUUUACAAGGGCCGGCCGUACGUUGUAGACAAAUGGGGCACGGUUUUCCUGGUCGACCCGACUCUGGGAGUGGUUCAAUUCGCGCCUCGGUUGGUCUGUUUUGGGCACAAGAAGCAUCUGGUCGAGAGCUGCGGACAUCUUUAUCUGAUUGACAGGUACAUGGUGGCGGACCCGAAUGCAAGACCAGACCCGGUUACCAGUUUCUAUCGUUUUAUUCGGUAUCAAGGGAAUGGUUGGCCUGAGGCAAUCGACGAGUGUCCGCUGAAUACCGUUAAUUUCAGGGUUUAUAAGUUGGAUCAAGAGAGGGGGAGAUGGGAUGAAGUGCAGAACUUGGAUGACCAAGCAUUUUUCUUGAACGUUGAUUUUUCGUUCUCUGUUUCGGCUGAAGACAUUGUUGGGUGCUCAAGGAACUGCAUUUACUUCUCCGAUCACCGGGAGAAUCCUCUGGCGCUGAGAAGCUUGAGCACUGUUGGGGAUGGUUCGGUUUUCAACUUGGCAGACCAUAGCAUUAGCGUUGUAAAUGCUGCAGGGGCUCCAUUCUUUGCCGAGAUAUAUUGGCCUUCCCCGCCUUAG